ACGAACUGGAGUUUCUGAAAAUAUGGACUUCAAUGACUUUUGUUUUUUAAUUGAUACUCUAAGUUUAUAACCAAUUUGCUCCGUGGUAACAAGGUCUUAAUGAGCGAAGCUAAAGUACUAUUUGUUACGUUUAUGUACGUGUCAUGUUUUUGACGAUUUAUGUUAUUUGGUAUAAUAAAUCCGCGAGCGUCCUGGAAUCCGCUCCUGGUUUUGCAGCUUUCUAAACUGUCAACAGUAGUACUAGUUUCUCCGGGAAGAGAGGCGGGUAAAACUGGCUUGCACAAAUUGCGUUAACCUUAUUGAUGAAAGUAUGGUAGAUUAUCUUUGACUUUUCUCCCCACCGGUCUAUAUGAAAUAGCGUUGCAUAACUAUCCAGCAAGCUAUUUCGCUAGCUAGUUAGUUAGCUAGCUAGCAAGCAUUUUCACGUCAUCGCUUCCGUUAUAAAAGACAUAAUCGCCUAAUGUAAUUCACGACCGCCUUCAGGAAGACUCCAAUGGAGGACUACGAUAUAUUUGUGCGGAAUCGUCUGUCACAUCUGCGGGUGAAAGAGGAGGAACACAAAAAGCCUGCGUCUUCUGCCAUCCUCUUCCAUGGGGCGCCCAUCCUCCCCCCCGUGCUCACAGGCAAAAGGAGAGAGGAAAUGCAGCAGCACAAAGAAGCAGCUCAAAAUGAAGCUGCCAGUCGAAGGAUGAAGGCCAUUGAAAGACUGGCAUACGUGCAAGCAAUUCUUCACAGUGUUCAGACAAGACAUUCAUCAACACUGGAGGAUUUGCGUCAAGAAUUGAAGGGCACCCCAACAUCUUUGGAUUCAUCAUGCUCCAGUGCAUCUAGUCAGCAAAGUAUAAAGACUCUAGCAGAAAUGAAUAGUCCACACAUUUGUCCAGUGCCAUCUACUACAGAUAGUGCCUUUUUCAUCUCUCAUGUGAUUCCUCAACCAAGUUACAACGGAGGGUGUCUUGUUGAGCAUCGUGAAAACCAACAAGCCUCUCAACCAAGCUCCUUUGAUAGUGUGACUCACUGCUCUGUAUCCUUGGGCUGCGUGACUCAUGAAAUUAUGGAAAACACCAAUGGUCUUUCAAAAAGUCUUGACGUAGGGAGUGUUGACCAUACGCCACUGGGAAUGACGAAUGCAGCUGACUUUUUCCUUCACAAGACCCCAAAGACAAUUGCCAAUAUGCCAGAUAUUAUUAGCUACCCUCCCAUAGAUGGGGAGGAAUUGGAGAGAAGUGGCCAAGAGUCAUUCUUUUGUCAUGAUUCUAUAACAAUGAAUGGCAGUUUUUGUACUGUAUGUCAAAAGGAUCCAGUGAGAGGUGAUUAUUUCCCUGGAGAUAAAAGUGCUAACAGCCAAAUGGAAAGUCAUGAGAGUCAAGAUAAUCUUCCCUCUUCUGUUGGCGUUAACAUGAAGGAAAGCCAACAAAUUAAGCAAGUUGUGGUCCCUGUCCUCUCUUUGGACAGUUGUAGCACUUCAAACAGUCCAGUUUUACCUCAAACACCAAGCAUCGAAUGUUCACCAACCGAUCAGCUCACUCAGAGCAGCCACGGAAAUGUAGAAUCAGUGGAUACGCAGUCGCAGUCUCCGAAUCGGUCAAGCGUCCAGGACCUGCUGAGGAAAUCUCAGGAGUACCGCAUGCAACAACGCAUGCUGAGGAACCAAGCCAAAAAUGCGAGAAUCCAGGAGAAAGCCCAAGAACCAUCAACAGUGGAGGAGAAGAGCCUCUCUGAUAAGGAGAACAAUGAGUUUCACUAUAAAUGUACAGAGGGGAGAAAAACUAAAGAGAAGAGGUUUGUCAAAACAAUGAAUCCUACCUGCAAAAGAUACAAUGAGAAGAAUCCAGUUUUUCUGGAUGCAUUGAUCAGCAAAAAGGCAAAUCGUGAUCCUGAACGAGUUUCCCAACUAAUCACCCUUCCCCACCCACAGGCCUUGUCGCAAUCACAAACUCAAAAGGUACAUCUCACGACAAGUGAUCAAGCAAUCGCGGACCCAAUUACUUGUCUGGAAGGGCAUGAAACCCAUCACUCUAUCCCAGUUCCUCAUUUCUGCCUGAGUCCGGUGUACAAUAAGAGCUCAACUAGUUUACCAGAUGAAGCAGAUCACUUUGGGGGUAAAGUUUUGAUGAACUCAAUUUAUCGUGUAAGCCACAAGGCUGAUGAAGACCAAAGCCUGCGACUGCAACAUGAUGUACCUAGCGGUAUAGUCCAGAGUUCACAGCCCAUAAACCAGCUUGAGUUCUGCCUGUCCAACUUAAAAGAGGUGAUCUCUGAUCUGGGGUCAUCCCUCAUGGAAAUUGGAGGGAAAUGGCAGGAUGAAGGCAGUGUAGGAAAGCAAGACCAAAAGAGUAAUGAAGAUCCAAAUAGACAAUCACUUGACUCUUGUAGCAUGCUGGAAAGCACAGAUGUGCAAAGCAACAAAGUUCCUCCGAUCUUGCAGGAUAAAGAAAAAAAUGUGAAUGAAGAAGUAUUGAACGUGAGUUCUCGACAGUUCGAGGGAAACAGACAGCAUCAACCACCAAAUAAAUUGGAUGAAGACAGUUCUAGCUCCACUCAUGACCUUUCUGUCAACCGUCGGUCGUUUGAUGUGGACACACCCUCUGAGUUGUGGCUCCUCGAGGUUUCAGGAUCCGAGCGGGACUCAGCCGAGCACUUGGAUCAAGCAAACGAACUGACCCCUGUGACUGUGGCAGGUAUUGAGGGCAACUCCUCCAAGGUCAAACGGAGACUACUUAUGCCUAUGGGCGAUAACCUAGAUGUGGCCGCAGCACCAAGUACUGAAGACUUGUCAGAGGUCAACCGCAGCUGCAGUACUUCCAGAGUGGCUUCACCAGGGAGUGAUCAUUUUGUGGAGGACCUAAAACAGGUCCACGCUGCUCAGGUCAGUGCCCUGCAAGAAGAGCACAGGAGACAGCAAGAAGAACUGUGCCAGUCACUCGGAGUGCGUUACAGCCUGCUCCAGGGUUCGUUCUUCCCGUGCUCUCUGUCAGGUUCUCAUCAUGGAAACACAUUGACAUCUGGAAAGCUCUCUCAGCCCCCUAGGCUGUACCUAGAGCAGUGCCGCCACCUGCUGUUAGCUGCUGUCAAAGGCUAUCUGACGCGCAGGCUGCUUCGGACGGAGAGAGUGGCGCAGCUGGUGCGCACCAUUGGGGACUCAAGACAAUUCCUGCAGGCUUCCCAGCUGCCUCCUAACAGAGGGGAUAUCUGUAGCAAACAGGAUCGUAUCUUGCGGCAGAGAGUCUCUCUGCAGCUGAGAGCAGCACGCUACGAAUUGUACGAUGUCUUCUUCUGCCUGUCAGUGGCGGAAAGGAUGCACCUGAUUAGUUCGGACAGAGAGCUGAUCAAGGAGAGAGAGCUCAGACGACAGAUAAGCCACACAAGCUGUCCAAAAGGAAGGAGUUUUCUGUCUGCUGCAACACAGAAGUCACUCAUGAGGAAAAGAAACAUCUUGAUCCAGAAGAAGGUGUCAGAAAGACGUAGGGGAGUUGUGACGCCUGAACACAAGACAGGAUUCACGAGCAAGCAGCCACUUGAAAGCAAGCAAGGGCGGUCGAGAGCAAAGCCUGCAAGGAGCUCUCAGAGCUGGAGCUACUCCAUAUCCCGAUGACACGUGCUCAUUUAGACCCACUGAGAACUCAAGUUUACAGUUCUCAAAUAAACUACUCGUGUCUUAAUUAUUAAUUACAGGGUACUUUCGCAUCAAAGCACUGAAAUAGCUGAGUCUGGUUUCUGGAAGCCUGCCAAUGG